CCAUCCAACCAAACGUGUCGACAUCAUAAUGAAAGUGAAAGAAAGAAGAAGCCGGAUUAACAAGACUACAGUGUCGGCUGUUCAGUUAUAGGUUCAACACGUCUUCAGUGGGAGACGUCGUGGUGUCCAUGUAGAGGAGCGUGUCAGGUAAAUUAACAUGGCCUCCAUUGGUAUCCUCUUCUUUAUUUUGACUGUCAUCAUUAUCAGUUCAGGAAAUGCAGGUUUCAUAAAUGUAAAAUGCAAGCCUGAAAGCAAGGGACAGUUUGGACAGCAGUCCCUGCUGGAGUGUGUUAUUCUGACCGGGAAAGAAGUAACCGAAGCAAAAGUCCGGGUGGUCAUUUGGAAGAAAGGUGACAAGACAGUGCUGCUUUUACACAACGGGAAAACUACGCCAGAGCCAGGUUACUCGUUUGCUGAACCAUCUUGGAACGAGAGCAACAUGAACGUGUCUCUGCUCAUCACCAACACUGCUGUGGACCACGAGGGAGAUUAUAAAUGUGAGGUCAUAACAGACAGUGGUGAUGACUCCAGUGAAACCACACUUAGAGUCACAGCCAAAUACAGCAUACCUACUAUACAAUCCACGCCUGUGAAAAUGACUUUCAAUACAGACGGUGCCCUGACAUGUGAGUCUGGUGGUGGCUACCCAAAAGGUCAACUUCGGUGGUUUGAUGUGGACAACAAAGAGUGGACAGUGAGCUCUAAAAUGGAGGCGAACCUGACAGAAAACGGUCUGUUUCACCUCUCGAGCAAGCUGAGUUUGCUGCGAGGGUCGAUUUUCUCCAAGUACACCUGCGUAGUGUUCAACGCCAGUGGAGGCAAAGAGUUUGAGGCCACAUAUGAACUGCCACCAGAUCCGGAAAAGUCAGAAGGGUUUCCUACAGCCUCCAAAAUAGUUGCUCCUCUGGUGGUCAUUGGAUCACUGAUCACAGGAUUGCUGAUGGCACUGCUGUUGUACAGAAGGCGAUCUCAACAAGCCCGGAGGCCCUCUGCAGCACCCCUUAUGAGUGGCCAUCAAGAGGUCUGUACACACGAGUUAGAUGUUGAGGAAGGAAGUGAUCAGGAGACAAAGUACCAAGACAGGCUGGCCUGAGGAGAUACUGUGUGUCACGUGUAUGUGCCAACUUACCAGAAACUUCUGAAAUCAACACUUCCUCGUUUGCUAAAUUCCGCUCUUUAACUGCACUUUUCCUUCUGCAUACAGCGGUGUAUAUAACCAGGAAUAACUUGAUUUACUGUGGUCUAUCAGAGGAAGUGUGAACGCUUCAUUCACCUAAGCUUACUAAGUAAACACCCUUAAAUCAAGUGUAAAUCUAAAAGAUUGAAGAUAUUGACUGAUUUUGAAUCAGUGACAGCUAAAAGCCAGGGAGUCGUAUUCAGGUUCCGGUGACCUUAAGGCUCUGACAACCACAUUGGAAGCAGUAUGUAACAUUAUCAAAAACCCAAUUGUGUCUUUAUUUAGUCCACACAGUAACUGUUAGCCUAGGCAGCUUGGCAUAAGUGGCCUUCCUUAUCACUUCCUUUUUUCAUAUUAUGUCAGCAUUAUAAGGAAAAUGUAAAAUCCUAUUGUUGGGAUAUGGACAGGGAGUUUUGUAUGUACAGUGUGUUUGUCUGACUGUCUCCAUGUGUGUAUACCAGGGAAAUGUAGCUAUUUGCUCCGAUGUAAGCUUUGUGAAGGUGUUAAAAAAACAGCAUUUGACAUUGUUUUUCUUACUGUCAACAAAUCCCAUGAAAAGACUAAAAGCAGCAAUGCACUAGUCUAUCUCAGUCCUUUUUGACAGUCCUAACCUGUCUGUGGAACUGUGUUACUGUAGUUUAAUCAUCAUAACAAUAAAAAUAAUAAUGAAAGAGCUUCAAAUAUUCCCUUUUAGCAAACAAUACUCAGACAGGAGUAAAAAGUUUAUCUGUUUUCAGUCAGAUGAUUAGGCAUUUGUUGUGCUAGUAAGUAUUUGUAGCACCAGGUAGGAUUGACUCAAAAUAAACACAAUAAACACAUUGGUCACUAAAAUGAUAUGAGAUGAGAUGCGUUAGAAUCUGUCUGCAGUGGUGGAAUGUAACUAAGUACAUUUACUCAAGUACUGUACUUGUUAGUUGAGGUAUUUUAUACUUCUACUCCACUACAUUUUAGAGGUAAAUAUUGUGCUUUUUACUUGGCUACAUUUAUCUGACAGCUUUAGUUACUUUUAAAUUUAAAUUUAUUUUUGAAUAUUUUAGAAUAUUAGAACUUUUGGGCAAAACAAGCUAUGUGAAAGGGCUUACUUUGGGCUCGGGGUAAUUGUGAUUUCUCAAUAUUUUUGAUUUAAUAGAGAAAAUAAUCAGCAUAUUAAUCCAUAAUGAAUGAUCAUAAAUGCACGCGUAAUAAUAAUCUAGUGAUAUAAUAUAUAAUAGCACAUUACCACCCCCACCCCACUGUCCUGAAAACAUGCCACCCCCACAAAUUUCAUAUCCUUUUUAUAACCACCAAGAAAGUUCACUAGAUAGAUGCUGGUUGCACUUCCAUGUCACACAUGAUUUUCCCGUGUCACUUGCUUGCUAUUGCAAAAUAGUAUGUGGUAAAAAUCAGAUACAAAUGUUUGUGUUCCUCUGCGUACCGUGACAGACUGUGUUUAUGUAACUGUUGGCACCAGUAUGCAUCUUCAUUGCCAAAGCAACACUUAUAUCUUCACCAUCUCAGACAGGUUUUUUUGUUUCAUGCUCAUCUGAUACCAGCUUUCAGAGAAAUGGAUGCCCAUAUUUUCAGGCUUCAGGGAUCUUUUUUUUUUCUUUUUUUUCUGAGAGACACUUUGUAAGUUCCUUUUUAACAAAAUAUCCUGUACUCCUCUGUACUUAAAAGCUUUGUCCUGAUACCACCCAUGCAGGUAGGAGUGUUGGAACAAAAACAACCUUAUCAGCUGAUAAAGUAUAUGAUUAAUCUUGGUUACUGGGUUAAUCACUUACUUUUUGGAUAAAGAGAAACAACCUCAAUAUAAAGGCUGUUAAAAUUUAAUUUUAAAAUGUAUUCUGGGAAUAUAAUAACCACAAACUAAAUAAAAGUUAUGCGUGUGAACACACUUUUGUAGAUGCUGUUUAUAAAUCUGUGAAAAUUGUAAUUCUGUGUGUGAAUUUAUGUUGUUGACUGAGUUCAUAUAUCAGGUCUAAAUUAAACCUGUCACUGGAUGUCACAAAGUUGAGACAUUUUAAUUGCUUUGAACUUAAAUACUGUGAUAUGUGAUUUUUAAAAUUCAAUAAAGCAGUUUGAAUUUUAAAACAGAA